UUAGAACCCUUCCUCCCAGAAUCGGACCAGCCUGAUUUGGAUGAACUCUUUUCCCAGAAGUCGGACUAUUCACAGUUUUUCAGUACCUCACAAAAUUUGGUCUUGUGUCUGAGCUUGAAGACAUGGAUCAGUACACUGUCUUGGCACCCACCAACACAGCUCUGCUGCAGAUGGAGGGCACUGUGACGACUAAAUUCCUCAAAUACUACAUGAUCCCCAAGAUGAUUCUCACGCCAUCCGUCAUUGAUGGACAAAGGGAAGAAACCCUGCUUGGCCAGAACUUCCCUCUGCAGUUCACUGUGAAGGACCAACAGGUGUAUGUGAAUGGGAUCCUGAUAGUGCAGGAUGACAUUCUGACCAGUGGCGGUGUCGUACAAGGCAUCGCCCAGCUGCUGCAUCCAGAGCUGAACCGCUGUGAUGACAAGAAGGUGAACACCACACGGGGUCCGUGUGCAUCGUGUCGGGUACAGAACAUCACCUGUCCGCAAGGCUACACCCCAGUGGAGGGGGCAGGGCUCAUCAAGUUCCAGUGUACCUACAGCGUGAGCGGGUCUGGCGGCCAGACCUUCAACUACCUCGGCUGCCAUGGCAUGUGUCAGUCUGUGAAGGUGACACCAGCCUGCUGCUCAGGAUACUUUGGAACUGAUUGUGCAGAAUGCCCGGGUGGACCAGAGACUCCCUGUCAUGGCAACGGUCUGUGUAUGGACGGUGUGGCGGGGACGGGACAAUGCAAGUGCUUCCCACAGUUCCGUGGGGAGGACUGUGGAUCGUGUCUGGAGGGACUGGCUGGACCAGGCUGUAAUGUCUCAAUAAACAGUUGUGACUUCCAAAACGGUAACUGCAGCAAGAACGCUCAGUGCACCAAGGUUGACGACCAGAUAACGUGUCGAUGUAACAAUGGAUACAUUGGAGAUGGACACAUAUGCUACUCCCCUUGCGAUGUCCGGAACGGGAAGUGUCAUGAAUACGCUUCCUGUGAAUAUAAUUAUAAAACGAUCAACUGUACUUGUUAUCCUGGUUACCAUGGCGAUGGACAUAUCUGUAUCCAUACCAUCAACGCAUGUGCAAGAGACAAUGGAGGGUGCUCUCCCUUUGCCCACUGCCUCUACACUCCACCAGCAGUGACAGAUAUCACCAACGGAAGCGUAUUGUGCAAAUGUCUGAACGGCUAUGUUGGUAACGGAACGUGGUGCAACAGAGACGCUUAUGACACACUGUCUUAUCUCCCCUUCACUCUCCGCUUCUUUGAGAGUCUGGAAUUCCUUGUCUCCGAUCCAUCGGCGCAGAACUUGACAGAUCUGCUGAAAGAUCGUUUCAAGUCCAUCACAGUCUUUGUGCCAGUUGAUGACUCUAUCAUGGACCUUGAUAUGCUGAGCCUUCAGGACCUGAAUAACCACGUCGUUAACAACACACGUGUGUACCUGAACACGUCGCUGUCCCUCCCUCUAACUGUAGAGUCACUUGAUGGUCAGUCCCUGGUCAUCACACAGAAUGGGUCGUAUUAUCAAGUGAACGGCAUCCAGAUUGUCGACCCCAACAUCCAGACACUGAACGGCUAUAUCCACCUCAUACAGCGCCCUCUGUGGGCUGAUGAAGACAACAAACCUGGAGUGAAAACAGGUCCGACCACCACAGGGAAGGCAGGAACUGGCCAGAUAGUUGGAGCAGUCAUCGGCGUUCUCAUCUUCCUCAUCAUCAUCACGAUCAUCAUCGCUGUGCUGGUGUAUCGCCGGACAAAGGUCACGGGGUUCAUGGAUGUCUGGAGGAGAUUGAGAAAGGGGUCAGACAGCAGUUUAUCGUUUGCUCGCCUCCAGGCUCACCAGGACGACACGGGGACCUUCCAGCACCCCGACAACAUCAACUUCCACAACCCCCUCUACAGCAGCCGCACCAGCGACGACAGCUGAGAUGGAGGAGGAUGGGUAGAGACUUUCAGUGUUGAGCGAACAACUAUCCAGCACUAAGCCAACAACUGUAGCAGUUAUAGAUAAUACUACUCACAUUUUGAUAGGGAUACUGAGAUAUUUCUUAUAGUGAAGUAAUGUGAUGACAACAAAUUAGUGAACUGUUUAUUUAUUACUGAUAAACAAAACAAAGCUGCAUAUACUAUUUUCAUGACAACAUAUCUCAGUCAAAUUCUCCUAUCCCUCUACAAUCUUGAGUGGUAUAUUUCUGGAUUGUAAGAGUAGCUGACUCAUGACUUGCUAUAGACUUACUGGCAAAUAAGGAUGAGUUGAGCACCGACCUGACAACUGACCUGUAUUAGCAUGUAUGAGUGCCACCCACUGGCGCUUGCCAUUGUUAGC